GGGAGAAACAUCAAACACGGAUAGAAUACUCCGUGUGUUUUUGGAGCCAAAAAUGAUAUUUGUGCACACUCUUAUACACACUUUUGUACACACCUAUGUCUGUGAAAGCUUUUUUUCUUGUCUGUGAACAUCGAUUCACAGACAAUGUUUUGCACAAACAAAACAUUGUCUGUGAACCGGAUUCACAGACAAAAAAAAUCUUCACAAAUAUAAUGUGUAUAAGUUACGUACAAGAGUGUGUACAUCAAGAAUGGUUGUUUUGGAGCACAAUUUGGGAUGGUUUAAGCAACUCCCGCUGGAAACACGGACCAAAACACUACUGGUAAUCAUUAGCGGUUGUCUUUUCAAUCAUCACCCCUUCCGUCGUUGAAUUAUUAGAUCUUGUUUUGGAAUUUUUGGCUGCAGAUUCAUAGUACGUGGCACUUUCUGCAUUUAUUCAUUACUAUUUUAAUCAUAUCUAUAAACUCCGUAUAUUUAUCAUCGAUAUGUAUUUAGCAUUAUUCUACGAACCAGAUUCAAAAGUCAAACUACCCAUCCCUGCCCCUGUGAUAUGUUUUCUUCCUCGCCUCUUCUUUGCCGACGCUGUAGCUGGAGGGAAAAAAUCAAAUUGUUCUCAUUUUGCUUACUGUGGAGUAUAAAUUAUUCCCAGCAUUAAUUCGCCACCCCUUACCCGUUACCGUUUGAGAUAUUUAUUGCCGUCCGAUCAACAUCUGCAUUUCUACAUUUCUAAAAAGGCCGCGCUUUCUUCUCGUUGCUGCAGCUAAAGGUCCUUGCAAGCUAGGGCUUUUGGAUAUUUUGUAUUCUCAAUUUCGGGUUUCUUUUUUGCGGUUCACGCGCUCUGUUUUUUGGCGGGGUGAUCGGCGACGAGCAUGUCCGGACCUCUUGAUCGCUUCGCAAGACCUUGCUUUGAGGGAUCGUCUGGAAAUGAUGAGCGUCGGGAAAGGAAAUCUGAUUUUGAGUGCUCAGAGGAUGAGAGAAAGACAAGAAUUAGUUCUCUCAAGAAGAAAGCUCUGAGUGCAUCGACAAGAUUCAGACACUCCCUAAAGAAGAAGAGCAAAAGAAGAAAUAACGAUGGGCGCUGCAGCUCUGUCUCAAUUGAGGAUAUUCGGGAUGUCGAAGAGCUUCGAGCUGUCGAUGCAUUUAGACAAUCUUUGAUUUUGGAUGAACUGUUGAUGGAGCAACACGAUGACUAUUACAUGAUGUUGAGGUUUCUGAAAGCAAGGAAGUUUGACAUUGAGAAAGCAAAGAACAUGUGGGCUGAUAUGAUCCAGUGGAGGAAAGAGUUUGGUGCUGAUACACUUCUUCUGGACUUUGAGUUCGAAGAGAUUGAUGAGGUUUUAAACUAUUACCCACAUGGUUACCAUGGGGUUGACAAAGAGGGAAGACCUGUAUAUAUCGAGAGGCUUGGAAAAGUUGACCCUAACAAACUUAUGCAAGUGACAACAUUGGACCGUUAUGUAAAAUACCACGUUAAAGAGUUCGAAAAAACUUUUGCCAUCAAGUUUCCAGCUUGCACAAUUGCUGCAAAGAAGCACAUAGACUCUAGCACAACUAUUUUGGACGUUCAAGGAGUGGGUUUCAAAAAUUUCACCAAGAAUGCUAGGGAGCUCAUCACGCAGUUGCAGAAAAUUGAUGGUGAUAAUUAUCCUGAAACACUCCAUCAGAUGUUUAUCAUCAAUGCUGGUCAAGGAUUCAAAUUGCUAUGGAAUACAGUGAAGAGCUUUCUAGAUCCUAAGACCACUUCCAAGAUUCAUGUUCUUGGGAACAAGUAUCAAAACAAGUUGCUUGAAAUCAUAGAUGCUAGCGAGUUACCAGAAUUUCUGGGUGGAACUUGUACAUGUUCAGAUCAAGGAGGGUGUCUCCGUUCUGAUAAAGGGCCGUGGAAAAAUCCAGCAAUUUUGAAGAUGGUUGGUGAAACACGGCGUUGCAAGCAGGUUGUAAAAGUUCUAAACAGUGAAGGGAAAGUAGUCUAUGCUAAACCGCGUUUCCCAAUGGUAAAAGGCUGUGAUACAUCAGCGGAGUCGGGGUCUGAAGCCGAAGAUAUUGUUUCACCAAAAGCUAUGAAGAGUUUUUCACAUCCACAGCUUACUCCUGUUCGUGAAGAGUGUCUUCCUCAUGCCAAGAAACAUGCAAGAGUUAUGAACAACUUCCCAGGAUAUGAUGAGUAUGUUCCCGUGGUUGACAAGACUGUUGAUUCUUGUUGGAAGCAAGACACGUCUAUUCAUAACCCCUUCUCCAAAGGUUCAAAUAUGAAACAUAGAGAUGAUUAUUUGUGUACUGAAAAGACCCCAAGAAAUGGACUCUAUGCACGGCUUUUAGGAGCUUUUAUGGCUUUCUUCAUGACAAUUUUCAUUUUUUUCCGUACGGUGGCCUUCCGUGUGACAAAAAAACUUCCGGAAGAAUCCUCCCCUCCCAAGGACCAAACUCUACCAAUUGCUAAGGAAGAGUUUCGACCUCCUUCACCAGCUCCAGCAUAUACAGAAACUGAACUUCUCUCUGUCGUGCUCAAGAAGUUGGGGGAACUAGAAGAGAAAGUGAUUUCAAUUCAAGAAAAACCAUCUGAGAUGCCCAAUGAGAAAGAGGAAUUGCUAAAUGCUGCUGUUUGCCGAGUUGAUGCCUUGGAAGCCGAGUUGAUUGCCACCAAGAAGGCUUUACAUGAGGCUUUGAUGAGGCAAGAGGAACUUCUUGCCUACAUUGAUAGACAAGAAGAAGCCAAGUACAGGAAAAAGAAGUUUUGCUUCUAAGGUCUUCUUCCGCCUAUGGCCCUCAUGGAGCUUCAUAUGUUCUUCGACUGUACACUGGAUUGAGAUUCAUUUUUUAUUUUAUUUUUUACUUUUUUAAUAUACAGCUAUUUGGCAACAUUGUACCUUUGACUACAUCAUAGUUCAUACCAUACCAUUGUGAAACAAAAUGUACUGAAUAUUGUGGUAUAUAUGCCUGUUGACUGUUGUGUUCUGGAAACAUAUAUUUGUAGUUUUUUUUAUUGCAUCUUCAUGGAUAAUUUAAUCUGCAUGAACAAG